AUGGAGAUGAAGCAAUGCCCUAAUUCGAAGAAAAAGUUCGCAAAGGAUAAAGAAGUCCACAACUCACCCGCCGGCUUUAGUGGAUACUGGAUGGGUCUGUUUAUACCGCAUGGCUGGGAAGGGAUCAAUGGAAACGGAAAAAGGAAACAAGAAAAACUCGAUUCGAUUGAUAUUAGCACGGCGUUUUUGCCUUAUUCCGCCGAUUCGCCCAUUAAAAUUCCUCCGGAGCAUUUGAUAAUCUCUUGGCCUUGGGAGGAGGUGGCACAGCUUGCAUUAAGAGACUACAACAAGAAACAUGGUACUGACUUGGAGUUUGUGAGGGUUUUGGAUGACAAGGUAUGGGAUACGUUUUUAGCUGGUACUGGUGUCAAAUUUACGAUAAUGCGCAGCCUUUGGAAACAUAUCAAUUUUGAGGCCAGGCAGCAGAAUGUGGGCCCCCAUGACAAAGUGCAAAAACUUGUCUUGUUUUCUGAAUCAUAUUCCAGUAAUGACGAGCUUCAUCAUACGAAAGUUUCACUCGUGGAUCCUACUUAUCAUGGAGGGGAAUAUUGUUCUCGUUGCGAAUUUCACGUUUGUUGUCCGAAUCCAGGAUUUCGUGCUGGGUUUUAUCCCCUAAAAAGGAGCUGUGAGACAAUCAUAUUGUCCGAACAAGAUGCAACCGAGUUUGCAGAAUUCGCAAUACAGGACUACAAUGAGAAACAUGGAACAAACUUAAAGCUUGAAAUGGCUCUGGAAUGCAAUAAGUUUGAAGGCCUUGGUGUCUUAAUGGACUUCACUAAAAAGAAGAGGACUUGGGUGCAUAUGAACUUGGUGGCUAGAGUGGGCCCCAAAGAGGAAUUACUCGUUUUCUUUGCCGAGUUCUAUUUAUCUGAUGAUGAGUAUGUGCUUGCGACGUUGGCACUGGUGAAUACUUGGGACCCUCAGCCUGUUAGUAAAAAGGAUGGGCUUUGGUGUCGUUUUUGCCUGGAUGGUAUUCUUCAUCCAAUGGAAGGGUGUUUUUUCAAUUUCUACCCACCUCAUGCUUCAGUUGAAAAUUUGCUGGAAAAGGGGCAUGGAAACUAAAUUAUGUUUUUGACUAAAUGAACUUAGACUGCUUUUGACUAAAUGAACUUGGAACUCUGGAUGUAAUGUUUCGCAAGCCAUUUCUUGUUAUGUAUUAUGUGGGUUGCUAGAAUAUAAAUGUUAUGUAUUAUGUGGGUUGCUAGAAAAUUUAUAUAUGUAUGAUAUUCUUGGUUGCUUGAUUAUCCCUCGACUCUUUUCUCUUUAUUCUACUUAAUGUAAUAUGGAACAUAGUAGGAUAGUUGGAGAAAGACCUCCUUUUGUUAGUUUCAGCAGAGGUUAUUGUCCCUCAUAAAUGUUCGAGGGAGGUCAGGGUUGGAGGGGGUUGAAAAUGAGCUGUAUAAAUUAUGCUUCGACUUGAUAUGAAAUGAU